UGCUCUUCUUUUCGCGUAUCGCUGGAAAUUAUCGGUUCACGACGGCGUGCCUGUUCACGAUAGAGCAUAUUGAGGGUGACAAGAGCGAUCAAUUAUAGGGCACAGUGGUUUUGGGAUUACUCCCACUAAUCAGCAACCAUGGCGUCUAUAUUAAGGCAUAUCGUCAAGAAUGAGGCCAUGAAAACUGACCCGAAUGAAAUUUACGGAUGGAGGGUUUAUCUUCUAGCUUGCUCUGCCUGUUUCGGCGCCAUGUCUUUUGGUUGGGACAGUGGUGUGAUUGGCGGUGUUAUUAACCUAGACUCAUUCAUCGCUGCAUAUGGCCUAGGAAGUAAGGACGAUGUCGCGACAGCCAAUCUCCAAGGAAAUAUUGUGUCUGUGUUACAAGCAGGAUGUUUUGUAGGCGCUCUUGCUGCUUACCCCUUAACCGAUGCUUUUGGUCGCCGACCUUGCUUGAUGGCCGCCGCUCUAUUUACUCUCUCCGGUGUAGCCAUGCAGGCUGCUGCUUCUGGUCAUCUUGAACCCAUGUACAUUGGUCGAUUCAUUUCUGGUCUCGGUGUUGGCGCAUCUAGUGUUAUUAACCCAAUCUACGUCACCGAAAACGCUCCUCGUGCUAUCCGUGGUCUACUCACUGGUAUGUACCAAAUGUUCAUCGUAACCGGUGGCAUGAUCGCAUUCUGGGGUAACUACGCCGUCAGCGUGCACUUGAGAGGCCCCAAGCAAUACAUCGUACCUCUCGCCAUCCAAGGUCUUCCCGCACUCCUCCUCUUCUCACUUAUGGCUAUCUGCAACGAAUCACCUCGAUACCUAGCGCGUAAGGAUAAAUGGGAGGAAGCCAAAGCAGUGCUAGUACGCAUCCGAAACCUGGCCCCCGACCACCCAUACCUCCAAGACGAAUUCCAAGAAAUCGCAGACCAACUCGAGUACGAACGACGACUCAUCGGCGAAGCAACAUUCUGGUCUCUACAAAAAGAAAUGUGGACAGUCGCCACGAACCGCAAGCGCGCGAUCCUAAGUAUCGUUCUCAUGAUCUGCCAACAAAUGACCGGCACCAACGCAAUCAACGUAUACGCGCCACAAAUAUUCAAGAACCUCGGUAUCACCGGAACUUCCAACUCGCUUCUCAGCACCGGCGUCUACGGAAUCGUAAAAGUGGUAUCAUGCGGUUUAUUCCUCCUCUUCAUGGCAGAUUCCCUAGGCCGUCGCCGAUCCCUCCUCGUAUCAUCCGUCGGACAGGCGUUUUGCAUGUUCUACAUCGGCUUAUACGUACGCAUCUCACCCCCCGUCGACGGCGCGCCAGUCCCGCCUGCCGGAUACUUCGCACUCGUGUGUAUUUUCGUGUUCGCCGCAUUCUUCCAAUUCGGUUGGGGUCCCGCAUGUUGGAUUCUCGUCUCCGAAAUCCCCGCCGCACGUUUACGACCCAUGAACGUCGCGCUCGGCGCCGCUACACAAUGGUUAUUCAAUUUCGUCGUCGCGCGCGCUGUGCCUAACAUGUUAGCCACUGUCGGUGACCACGGAUACGGCACAUACCUGAUCUUCGGCAGUUUCUGUGUGCUUAUGUUUUUCUUCGUCUGGUUUUUCAUCCCCGAGACUAAAGGAAUUUCGCUUGAACAGAUGGAUCAACUCUUUGGUGUUACGGAUGGCGCGAAGCGAGAUGUUUCGAAGGUUGAGGUUGAAGAGCAUUCGAAUAGGUCGGAUGGUCGAAGCGUGUAAAGCGGAUUGGGAGCGAAAAUACCCUUUGAUAUUGUAAACCUAUUUAUAGGUUAGCUAGAAUUGAAUCGAAGCAUUUUGAUCAGCAUUUCGAUCCGAAGUCCCUGAAUUCUUGAAAACAUGCAGGUUCUUUUUCUUUCUUGUCGUCUUUCUCGUGUUCCUCUG